AAUAACAAUAAUAAUGAUCAUAAUAAUAACGAUGAUAAUGACAAUAAUAAUAAUAAUAAUAAUAAUGAUAAUAACAAUAAUAAUAAUAAUGAUAAAUUAAUGUUGGUGUUGCUAGGAGUCCUAGAGAACUUGAGCGCAAUGCUCGAGAUGAUUUUCUCUCCUGUAAUAGUUCAGAGACAUACCCAGGGCACAGUCCAUGACGAGCUUUGUAGACAAGGAGUAAAAUUUUGAAAACAACGCGAUACGAAACAGGAAACCGGUGAAGUUGCUGUAAUAAAGGGGUGAUGUAAUCGUACUUUGAAGAACCAGUGACCAGUCGAGAAGCUGUGUUUUUAACCCUCUGCAUUUUUUUAACUUGAUAUUUGGGUAGACAAAAGUAAACAUGGUUACACUAAUCUAGUGUUGUAGUUAGAAAAGCAUGUACUACCUUAGAAGUGGCCUCAUCUGUCAAAUAUUUACAAAUUUUAAACAGGUUUCUAAAGAAGAAAAACGAAGUUCUACAAGGUUGAUUUAUCUGAUCAUUGAACAGUAUUUCCUGGUCAAAGAUGAUUCCAAGAUUAGUAACUGUUGUAGCCAUGGUGAGUUGUUCAUUUGCCGAGGAUGAUCUCGUCCAGUAAAGGGCUAUUCCGAAAUUUAGAGCGAAUUAAUAAUAUUUCAGUUUUCUCUUUGUUAAGCUUUAGCUCGUUUCACUCCAUCCAUAAGCAAAUGACAAAUACACAGUCAGCAGUCCGAUCAGUAAUCGAGUCAAUGUCAUCAUUCUUGAAGGCCACAUAGAGCACCCAAAUAUGACAGACUACUGAUUCGGCCCGGGUUGAGUCGCAAGAAAGCGAGGCUAGUAAGGUCUCAGGUUUGCCUCGCGAGGGCAGCCCUUAGAAAGUAAUUAGUCGUUGUCAAUCUCCUCUGUUUUAUUUCGCAGCACCUACGAAUUUAUGUGUUCCUGAGUGCCAUCAAAAGUGAACAUCUUUCACAGAGGAAAGGAUUUUUUUCCUUCUUGCUCAUGAGGAGAAAGAGUGAGUGCAUGAAAUUUUUCGAGAGGAAGAAAGGGAAUUCGCUAUCGUUAACAUAACCUACUUCUUUUUUUAAAACGGGGUGUGAACUUUUCACAGUUUUAGCGCUCCAAAAAAAGCUAGUUUUACCGUGUAAGAAAAUAAUCAUAAUAAUAAUUACCAUCUUAAAAUACCAACUAGGAAAAUAAAAAUGUUAGGAAUCGUUAAUAGUAAUCGAAACAAUUAUAAUGUCAAAAGAGCUAAAGUUAUUCGCUAAAAUUGAAGUGAGAUGAUACGAUAAAGUCGUUAAGCGGACGAGUUUUGUUUUCGCCGGUGAUUUUCCAACUGGAAUUGUUUGGUCAGUACCAUAACCAAGAAAAAAAAUCCUAAAAUUUGCCAUUCUUUGGAAACAGCUAAGAAGAAUUUAAAGAUUCCUGCUAAAUGGAAUUCCACGGUUGUUGAGAAAGAUAGAUAAGUAAAACGAUUGAUCUGUGACUUUUAUGUAAAUAAAGACCUCCUAACUGCCUUUCAUGUUUUCGUGUUAGAGAGAGCCGAAAAAUGUGGGUGACUUCGCGAGUCAAAUGGCUCACCACAUAUGAAGACACACCAGAUGCCAAGUGGAUAAUGAAUCUUGGAAAAAAAAUUUUUUCUUCUCAUUUUUUCUACGAAAAAAGACGAAUUUAGCCGUCGUCUUGGGCGUCAGAACGAGUGAUAUCUUCGACAAAAGAUAGGAUUUUACUUCAAGGAGAAAAAAGGUAAAGACUGCUAGAAUAGUUUGUGAUUUGUAACCUGGCAAGCGUAUAAAGAAUAUUCCAACAUCAGUUAAUAUUCUGAUCAAAGUCUGAAAAAGACCGAAACGAUAUUCAUAGACUAAUCAAGGUGUUUCCUAGAAACAAAAUUUUACUUCUAGAUAGAAAGUGAACCGAUGAAUAAAAUUGAAGAUUUUUUUUCCUUUUUUUCUUCAAAAAAAGGCGAGUUCAGUAAUCGUCUUGAGUGUUAGAACGAGUGAUAUCUUCAACGAGAGAUAGGAUUUUACUUCGAAAAGAAAAAAAUUGUAAAGACUGCUGCGGAGCUUAUGGAAGUCCUUGAAUAGUUUGUGAUGAACUUUUAAACGGACAAUUGUUUAAAGAAUAACGAAAAAUCAAUUAAUAUUCUGAUCGAAGUCGGAAAAAGACCGAAACGACAUUCAUAGACUAAUCAAGGAGUUUCCUAGAAACAACUUUUUACUUCAAAGAAAAAGGGAAAGCUAAAUGCAAAUUAAUGUGCAAUUUUAAAGUCUUCCAGGCUGUUAAUAUUGACUCAAACACGUUUAUCGUCUUUAAUAACGGAAUAUUUGCUGCUUUAAAUCGUCUGAUGUCUCCCUCUUUCUUUGAUUAAAAAUGCUAGAACUGUGUAACAAUUGAUAUGAACAAUAUAAAAGAUCUAAAAACAUUGGCGACAAGAUUUUCAAAGAAAUUCUAGACUUAGAAGUUAUUAGUACUAGCUGUAAUAAAAAAGAGGAUAUUUUUUCGUAUAAUCCAAUUAUUCCAAUGUGAGCUCAAACGAUACCUUUCCGCAGAUUUUUAAAAUUUAGAAACUUUUGUGUAAUUAUAGCUUGGGAAAUUCCUUCUGAUGUUAAAAAAGUUUUUGUUAUUGUUGGGCUGGUAUAAGUUGCGAAUAUGGCCAUUGUAACAACAUAAACCAGUGAUUUGCAUAUACUAGACUAUCGAAAAUUGCCCAGAUUGCCUCGACUUUUUGGCUUCAGGAGAAAAUAAUAUGUAUAUUGAGUAUGAAGGAGACCUUUUUCGAAGUUUUGUACGAUAUAAUAGGGAAUUCGAGCGUUUUGGUAAUGUUUUUUCUUGAAGUGACGUGCUAGUCACGUCGGUCACGUAACGUGCUUCUUGAGCUUAAAUACGCUUAUAUAAAUUGCUCUAAAAAUUCGUAGUCUAGGUAGCCCAGAGAUUUUAUUGCAGUUUCUAAAAGAGGAAGCCUUUUUAUUGAUAAUGGUUGUUUUCUCAGUUUAUGGAGCCAUAUAAGAAUGGCCGAUUUUAGUCGCCAAAGUUGAUGUAUGUUUUGAUGGGUGAAAUUUUACCUGAAAUAGAAAAUUCGUAAAAAAAUCAUUUUUUAAGGAAUCUUGUAAAAUUGCUUCAGAACCUUUGAAAAACAUCUCUUGAUUCAGAACUUUUAUGUAGUUUCCGAAUUGCUCGUGAAAUGAGUUUUAUUUCGGCCGUUAUCUUGAGGUGCACUAAUUCACCGAGAAAACACAGUUAUGAACCCCCAAAACACAAAAUGCCACCGCUCUUCCAAAAUAAUUUUUUUUUCGGCAUUUUGAUAUUUUUCCGUAACUAAGGCCAUUCAUAGCUAUGUUCUGGCAAAGUUUAAAAAAAUUUUCAAUUUCUUUUAAUUUUGAACACCUCUGCUCGAUUUUUACAAACGACCACUCUUAAAUACUAAAAAACAAAACUAUCCUAUCAUGAAACCCUUCGAGAAACGCCUCUUGGCGUGUCGCAAUAAUCAACGAAUAACGAGCUAUAAAGGUGUUAGAAAACUGUAUACCAGCGGAAAAUUCAAAUUUUACCGUGUAAGAAAAUAAUCAUAACAUUAAUUAUCAUCAUAAAAUACCAACAAGAAAGAUAAAAAUGUUAGUAAUCGUGAAUAAUAAUUGAAACAAUUGUAAUGUCAAAAAAACUAAAGUUAUUCGCUGCAAUUCAAGUGAUAUGAUAUAACAAAGUCGUUCACCGGACGAGUUCUGUGUUGGUCGGUGAUACUCCAACUGGAUUCGCUUGGUCAUUACCGUAACGAAAAAAAGAAAAAUCCUUAAAGUUGCCAUUCUUUGUUUUGCCUGGGAAACUUCUAAGAAGAAUUUGUACGUUCAUGAGGAUUCCUACAAAAUGGUUUCCCAAGGUUGUUGAGAAAGGUAGAUAAGAGAAACAAAUGAUUUAUGACGUUUAUGUGAAUAAAAACCUCCUAACUGACUUCCAUGUUUUCGUGUUAGACUGAGCCGAAGAAUAUAGGUGACUUCGCGUCUCACUGCUGGAGUAGUUUGAGACGGAUUUGUAACCUGGCAAUGUAUAAAGAAUACUUCAAAAUCAAUUAAUGUUCUGAUCAAAGUCCGAAAAAGACCGAAACGACAUUCAUAGACUAAUCAUGGGGUUUCCUAAAAACAAAAUUUUACUUCUAGAUAGAAAGUGAACUUAUGAAUAAAAUUGAGGCUUUUUUUUUUUUUUUUUUUUUUUUUUUCCAGAAAAAGGCAAGUUCAUUAAUCAUCUUGAGCGUUAGAAAGAGUGAUAUCUUCGACGAGAGAUAGGAUUUUACUUCGAAAAGAAAAGACAAAGACUGCUACGGAGCUUAUGGAAGUCCUUGAAUAGUUUGUGAUGAACUUGUAAACGGGCAAGAGUAUAAAGAAUAACGAAAAAUCAAUUAAUACUCUGAUCGAAGUCCGAAAAAAGACCGAAACGACAUUCAUAGACUAAUCAAGGGGUUUCCUAGAAACAAGUUUUCAUUUCUGUGAAAAAGGAAAAGCUGAAUGCAAAUUAAAGUCAAUUCAAAGUCCUCCAGGCUUUUAAUGUUGACUCAAAACAUGUUUAUUGUCUUUAAUAACGAAAUCUUUGCUGCUCUAAACCGUCAGUUGUCUCCCUCUUUAUUUGAGAAAAAAUGCUAGAACUGUGUAACAAUUGAUAUAAAUAACAUUAGUCAUUGCGGAUCUAAAAACAUUGGCAAGAAGAUUUUCAAACAAAUUCUAGACUUAGUAGUUAUUACUAUUAGGAGGACUUUUCUUCUUAUAAUCCAAUUAUUCCAAUGUGAGCUCAAACGAUACCUUUCCUUAGAUUUUUAAAAUUUAGAAACUACAAGAAACAGUGCCUCUGAAGUCAACCCAAUUGAUAUCCUUUGGAGAAAUAAGAAUAACGAAGAGUAUCACAACAUAGUGGGACUCAAUGGGCCAUGUGUUUUGUUUACUUCAAAGAAAGAUCGAGUAACCCUUGUGUUAUAAACGAAGUUUUACUUCAGUUUCUGUAAUUAACAGCAAAGUUUGCUUUCAAAUUGUUAUUGUUAUGGUGCCUUUGCCUUUCUCUCUGGGAUAGCUUAAAUCAAUCGCAUCAUACAGUGUUAUUGGUACACAUAUUCCCCAACAAAAUUUGAGGAUUAGUAGAUAAAAAAUUACAUGAAACGACGUGGCUCCUUUCAAAUCGUGACCCCAUAGUGCUGAUUCGAAACGAGCACGGGCCAUGUCGCUGAAAAUCAGCACCGAACAUGUUGCAACAAAAACGAUAACGAGUAAGGACUUCUUGUUUUCUGUCCAAGCUCUCCACGACCGUAACAAGAAACGUGAAUCCAUCGCGGCGUCUGAUUUUGGUGACAUGAUCUCCUCGUUGCUCUCAGUAUCGUCUUUAGCCAAGGUUACGGAAACCAAACAGAAGUCAAUAGACAUGGUCAAAAUCAACGUAACUUUAAGGACGACUUGAAAAAUGGGCGUUUGCAAUAAGCAAUGGUGCCAAAAGAUCAUUGCAGAAGCGAUGAAUCUCAGAAGAAGCAUCGCGUACAAUGAAAGGCAAGAAAAUGUUUUAUGUUCUUCAUGUACUGAGGGAUGUUCAUAGCACACUUUCAUGAUUGCCAUCAGGUUACUAAAUUGAAAAAACAUCAUGGACAAGGAAAGAACCCUCAAGAAAUUGCAGGAUUCCGUAGCUUGAAUACGGAAACCAUUCCACCAUCCCGCGGCAUCUGCGACCAGAAUUACAACUUGGCAAGCGACUUGAAGACCUAAUAAUAUCCGGCACUUUCUGAUAGAUCCGUAUUUUUUUUCAUCUUUGAAGCAGCUCUGUAACAGUAGUCCGUUGAAAAAGAUUGCGGCUAAAUCCAGUACGAAUAUCAAAAGAAGAGUUGGCACGGUUAAGGACAUGACGCGAUGGCGUAAUCUUCCUCUCCUCAGUGCGUGGUUGAAUUGAGCUGAGCUGUAUUGACGUGUGUAUUGAGAGCACACACUUAUCUUAUCUGCAUCGGGGAGGGCCAAGGGAGGUCUGGACAAGAAUAAAAAACAGAGGAGCGGUUACUUGACCAUGAUUCUUAUCUUACGCAUAAAAAGGUUACGGGGUGCAAAAUCAACGGCAUUUUAUGAAAAGUAUGAGGUACCACAAUCUGAAGGGUAGACCCUUUUGUGUAACGCAUAUGUAGAGUUUAUUCUCUUUGUGUAAGACAUUGUUGUGUAUUGUUUUUUAUUUGUUGUUUCUUUUGAAUACCAUGUUGUUGUGUAGAAACCUCUUGUAACCUCCAUCGGUACCACAUAUUAACUUAUGCGCAGUUGCAACGCGAGAUACUUGUAUACGUAACUAGUUGAUUGAAUUGUCCCAUUCGAGAAGGAGUAUAUAAAUUUUCAAUUAUUUUCUCUUAAUGUUCGAGGGACUCGUUCCUCAACAAAGAGGAAAGCUCUUUUCACGUGGCUUAAUGAACGAAAGUACGAUAUCAUUUUCCUUCAAGAAACUUACAGUACUGUAGAUGUUGAAGAUAUCUGGAAGACGCAAUGGCAAGGUAAGCUUCAUUUUGCACAUGGUUCUAAUCACAGUUGUGGGGUGAUGAUCUUAGUGAGAAGUGACCUUGAUUUUAGCGUUAAGUCCGUUAAUUUGGAUACCGAGGGCCGCUCAAUUAUAAUGGAAGCUGAGGUACAAGGCUCAUUAUUCUUGUUUGUUAAUAUUUAUGCUCCCAACAAGGUUCAAGACCAAUGCCGUUUUUUUGAAAAUUUAAAUAAAAACAUUGAACAUUUCGCUGUUAACAAAGAGCAUAGGAUAAUUGUAGGGGGAGAUUUCAAUGUCACACUGGACUCCGAUCUUGAUUGUUCCGGUGGAAAACCUUUUAAGAAAGAGUCCAAAUACAAGACUUAUGUCUCGAUUUCGACUUAGUAGAUAUUUGGCGAAUUCGAAAUCCGGAAUGUAAACGUUUUACGUGGAGGCAAAAAAAUCCUUUCAUUCAGAGAAGACUUGACUAUUGGCCAAUCAAUGAUUCUUCCCAGGAUGAUAUUGAGAAAUCUGAUAUCAUUCCUUCGAUUAAUUCAGACCACUCGGCAAUUUUUCUUCAUCUUAAUAGUUUAGACAAACCGGAAUACGGUCCCUCCUUUUGGAAAUUUAAUGCCAGUCUCAUCGACGAUGAUGAUUUUGUCACAUUGAUAAAUGAAAGUGUGCCUAUGUGGUUAAAGGGAUUCGAAGAAGUUACAGAUAAAAGACUGUUGUGGGAUUUAAUUAAGUACAGAAUCAGACAAUUUUCAAUUAAGUAUAGUAAAGAGAAAGCGCUCAAAAAGAGAAAAAAGAUCUCUGAUCUUGAGACCUCUCUAAGGAUUUGUGAGGAAAAGUGCAAAGAGUCACCAACCUUUGAGAAUCAGGAGGAGCUUGAAAUGUUGAAAAUGGAAUACGAUUCUAUUUAUGAACAGAUAGCAAAGGGAGCCAUUAUUCGAUCAAAAGCCACAUGGUAUGAGAAAGGCGAAAAAAAAAACAAGUAUUUUCUAAAUCUGGAAACGCAUAAAAAAGCUAAAAGCUCUGUUCGCAGUCUUUAACAGUGAAGGUGUGCUAAUCAAUACAAAAUUUUUAUUCCGAUCUUUGUAAACAUGAUCCGCUUAGACCAUCAGAGGAGAUGCUAAAUUUUUUCUUGAAUAACUCUGAAAUACCGAAACUCACUAAUAAUGAGGCUCGAAACUGUGAUGGAAAAUUAACAGUUGACGAGUGUUACAAGAGUCUCCAGCUUUCUGAGAGCAACACGUCACCAGGUAAUGAUGGAUUAACGGCUGAAUUUUAUAGAGCUUUUUGCACAUUUUAGGAAAUCUGAUGGUAGACAGUUUAAACUACUCUUAUGAUUAUGGCGAGUUGUCAAAUUCCCAAAAGGAAGCCAUUAUUACCUUAAUUGAGAAAAAGGAUAAAGACAAACGGGAUUUGUGGAAUUGGAGACCAAUCUCACUUAUCGAUAUGGACGUAAAGGGUCAAAAGCUAUUGCAAAAGAUUAGAGAAGGUCUUACCAAACAUCAUACAUUAUAAUCAAUGUGCAUAUGUUAAGGGAAGAACUAUUUUGACGCAGUCAGAACGAUAGAAGAUGUCAUGGAAUUCUUACAAAGGUAUAAUCUUGAAGGAGAAUGAUUUGUAUAGAUUUCAAAAAGACCUUCGAUACUGUCAGUAGAGAUUUUCUAUUUCGCACUCUAACCUCUUUUGGUUUUGGUCCAUCAUUUUUUUGCAAUGGAUACACACAUUUUACAACAACAUCUCAAGUUGUGUCAUAAACAAUGGUUUUUCUACCCAGCCCUUUGCAGUUGAAAGGGGAGUGAGACAAGGAGACCCCUCUCUGCUUAGCUGUUCAUCAUGGUGCUAGAAAUUCUUUGUACUGGUGUACGCAGUAGUAAAGAUAUUAAUGGUAUUAAGGUAGAUAACGAAGAGAUCAGAUUAAGCCUUUUCGCAGAUGAUUUAACUGGUUUUUUGAAAGAUAAUCUUUCGCUUGUGAACUUUCUUAAACUUAUAGAAGAUUACGGGACUUGUUCAGGCCUGAAGAUUAACCACGAUAAAUCAGAAAUAAUGAUAUUGGGUAAUUGUUCUUCUACUCUACAACAAGACAAUGUCGUUUCAUGCAACUUAAAAAUUAAAAAGUUGUUAAAAUUCUGGGAGUGCACUUCACCUAUGAUUUUCGAAGAUAAAACACCUCUCUGAAAAAAAGAUAUAAUGUUUGGCAUUUUAAGGUGCGAAGACGAAUUAUUAAUCAAUCAUAUUUUAAUAAUUGCCAAACAGUAUUUAUAUUCUUGCCGACGGAACAAAUCUCUUCCUUCAAUUAAAGUAUUAAACCUCAAAAUUAAAACGAUCCACCAACUCGAGACAAUGAUCGUAAAAUCAAAUAAUAAGCUAAAAGCUCAUAAUAUGAAAUGGGACAAGUACAAAAAUUAUUAGGUGAUAUAGAAUCUCAUGUUUGUUGCUGCACUGUACUAGUAUUAUAUUUAGAAGCCGAGGAGAGCUAAGAGGAACUGUGGAUUGUGUAUGUAGAUAUAUGAUGUACCGUGUCUGUCUGUUUAUGUGAAUUAUGUUUGUUUAUGAAAAAUGUAUGUAACUUUGAAUUAAUAAAAAUUAAUAAAAUACACAAAAAAAAAAAAAAUGUAGAGUUGAUGGUAUUUCAAUAUAUAGGCAGGCUCUGUUGCUAUUUUCGGAGAGGUUUCUGAGUGACCCCCAUACUGUUCUAAAAGAAAGCAUUAGUCCUAAAGGCAACUCUAUUGUUUUCGCCAUAGUUUCUUUGACCAAAACGAAGUUUGGAGCUGAAAUACAUUUUACCCACCUUUUUCUUCCCUCUCUAAUCAAUUUUCGAACUGUUAAAAGUGAACUAUGUUUCUAAAAACUAAAUAAUUCACAUAUCCGCGUUCAAAACAAUUUAUGAAAUUCAAAUCUAAAAUUCUAAUAAAUGCCUAAACGUGACCGUUCCAAAGCUGCUUUCAAUUGUGAUGAAAAUUCGAUUUAGCGACGCUUUUUUUCUUCUCAGGCUCUUUUUUAGGUUAAUCCCUUGUCGAAUUCCUGAUCAGGAAAAUGAUUCUUUAUUUUUAAUUUAGCAUGUUCAACAUUUCUUUCUUCUAAGGUGACUAUAAGUUUCCAAAACUGCUAUUUUGCGUCCUCCGGACUGAAUUUAUAAUCAAUUGACUGGCGUGAACGGCGGUAGAACAACAGAAAUCAAAGAGCGAUUCAACAUUAAUUUUAGAGAAACCUAUUAUUGUCUUCUAACGCGAUGAUAUUCAUUGUUCUACUAAAAGUUAGUCGAAAAGAUGCUAACCGAAUGUUCAGAUCUUCCUUUGCCGUAUAGCCAUUGUUGGGCAGGCGAGUGAUAAAGUUAGAAUCGGGAUUCAGAUGACAAGAAAGUGGAUUAAAAUAAUUCGAGCCGUUCAACAGGAUUAAAUAAAAAUGUUUUGAAGACGUUCGGCGUCGUGACUCAAGGGACCAUGAGAAAAUUCAUAAACUGCUGAAUUAAAAGAGCUAUCCCUCAAGCGAUUAAAGGGAGGAGAGAUUGAGUUGUCUUGUCAGCCAUCAUAGAAGCAAUAAAUAAGAAUACAGAUUAAGCUACAAAAUUCAGAGUACUUAGAUUAAGGGUAUACUCUCCCUUGUCGAGCAAAUCUUUCGAGGUAGCCUGAAGCCAUUAUUAAUUUGAUAUUUUUUGUAUCCGCCAGACGUUGUUGGACUUGCAAAGUUAGUUGAAUGAUCAAAAAGCUUCGCGUUGUCUAUUGUACAAUCGGCUGGUAAACUAAUAUUUCCAUGCAUUCAUUACCUUCUCUUCGGCAAUCCUUCGAGUAAACUUGUACUCGACAAGGCUCAGAUCAGGAGUGGUCCGUCUGGUGGGAUUGCGGGUACCAAUAUCGAUUUCUCGAAUUGAAAUUUCAACUCCUGCAGCUUGAAAGAGGCUAAUACAUAAUAUAGUUGCGUCGGAAGCUGACCCACUAGCUUUUAUUUCAGGGAAAUCAAGGAUCGGUACGUUAUGUUGGCGUUGAAUCAGCUCGACGGAUUUUCCUCUUCAACUCGUCUAGUCAGGAAAUUCAGGCGAGACCAGAGCUGUUGCGCACUUUUGUCCGCUUCCUACGAGGGUGUUUGUACGAAUUCCUUGGAAUUGCAGGAUGUUCAGAGUCUCCCGCCGAGAUAGCGGCAGCCGACGCACUUCGCCGCCAUUGCUGAAGACAUUAGCAUCGAUCAUGCUACGUUUAGAAGAACUCUGAAAAUCUUCAAAAGUUUUCUCCAGGGCAGCAAUUUCAAAUUUAGGGCUGUCAUUCUCUUUUUUUAGGCGAAUGAACAGACGGAUUAGGCAUAGUUAGACAGAAUCAUUUGAAUCAACGCGGAGCGAUCAAAAGUGCGUUCGCACACUUCGCGUGCAUGAACUUUGUUUUGUAUGAACAAGAAUAUCAUUUUUAAUAUUGCAGGUGUAAACUCAGUUUUUUAACUUUUCUUGGAAAAAAAUUGGUAUGGAUCCAUUUACCUGUGACAUUAAGUUGAAUUACGCUCGAAUUUUGAUUAGUUAAUUCUAUCGUAUGAUCUGCUGCAGCAUAAACGCAUAGGUUGCGUCAUCAUUAACAUACUAUUUUUCGUUGUUAUCAUAUAGAACAAAAGGAAUUUAUGUUGCCAUGGGUCUACUCGGUUAUAUGUUACAGAAGAUUUCAAUAUGCGGUAAGAACAUCAGUGAAACUCUCAGCUUCACCUCUUAUGCCACUAUUUUGCUCUUACAUUAUUUUUAAAUUAUGAUGAUAAACUGAUUACCCCAGAGAACCAGGAGCUCAAGGAAAAGUGGAUAUCCUUAUAUCUUGCCACGUAUCAGAACUGAACGUCAUAAACGCUGUUUUGUAAACAGAUGCCUUUUCAGUUUUAUCUAAUAGUUUUUCAUACAUUCGUAAAUAGUUUGUAAUUAGCUUUUCAUAACAGUCAGUUCUAUGAAAUUUUAGGUCAAGACGUAUGACUCUGAGCGCGUUUCCUUUGGUAUUUAUUACUGAAAAGACGGUAUUUAUUUCUGUUCCAGGACUUGCCCUCAUCGUUCGCGCCUCGUAAAUGGGCACCAUGUUCACAAAACUUAUUUAACGCAGAUAAUAUUGCUACUCACAGUAAGAAACCAACAUUUCUUUAUACAUAAUUAACAUAAAUACAUACUCCGUUAGUUUAGGUAGGAAACGACCGAACUGGGUACGAAACGCAUCAACUGACCAGCUAUUAAAUGAUCAUGAGAAAGAAACGACCGGCAACCACACAGAGUCACUGGCACAACUACCUGUGAAAUGCUUGGCAAGUUCCGAAGUAACUGAGAAUCUUUUUAAAAAUUAUGCGCAGCUUUAGACGAAUUGAUGAAAAAGAAUAGGAAAAGAGGAAAAGGUGGAGAUUCUAUUCAUGCAAACGAUGGGUAUGGAUUUUACAAAUUUUUGCUAAGCUUUCAAAACAGUGGAUCACUUUAAGAACUGUUCCCAGUGAAUAAAAGUGCGCUUUGCAUGGCAUUUAAUAAAAUAUAACGCGUGAAAUGAAUGAAUAAAUUUGGUCGCAAUAAAUUUAUGUUAAUUUUAUCUUUCAUCUGCUUCAAUUUCUCAUCUCUGCUGAAACAAUAGUAGAGCGACUUAAUUUUACACGCCAGUUUAGGUUUUGCAUAUCGACGUAUUCUAGAAACAAAGUAGAUGAUUAGUGGUAAAUAUUCAAAAUAUUCAAAAAGUCCCCUUCGCUCAAAAGAAAAAAAAAAUUGAAAAGUCCCGAACAGCCACCGAGAAGAGAACUUCAUUGGAAACUUGGUUUUGUGUCCCUCGUUGUAUAGUUACCGCAACGAUUAUUUCAUUCCUAGGUAGUGAUACCCACAAGUGAUCUUUAGAAGAGAUCUUUUAUUUUUCUGACUGGUUGUAUUUCCCAUCGUAGAAGCCAACUCACAUUCCAUCGGAGAAGCUAAGUUAGAUUAACUUGAGGGAUCAAAUGUGCCAAUGAAUUAUAUUAUGAUGCUUUUUUGGAGCUUUCCUUCUCAUAUUUUGUCAAAUUAACAAAGCUUGACAAAAACCCUGACAGAGCAAAAGUUGAGAGCUCUUCAAAAUGGAUAUAAACGUAAAAUAUAGGACGUCAGUUGUAAGUUUCUUAACUUUGACUAAAAUGUGCGAAACUAUUUUCAGCCCUAGUGGAAUGUAUGAAUUACAGUGUACUGAGCAAGCCCGAUCGAGGUUGUCUCAAAAUGUUUAUUAACACUGGUGCUAUAUAUUUUCAAACUAAACCCACCCGAAUCAAACUCAUAGAAAGCCUUUGCAUGACCAAGGCUAGAAAAUUCUCAGGGUAACAAAACGUAAAAGUAAAGAAAAAAAAAACUGCAAGAGUAGAACAAAAUAACAGGAAUUAUCUAUACAAGUGAUUCUACAAGACAAACGCUUAAGAAAACAAUGUUAUUCACACCCAUUCAUUCCGGAAACAAGGAUCAGCAAUGUCGAUAGCGUAAUGAUUGUAGAAAUAAUGGAGAUGGUAAGUUUUGAGCUCGGUAAAGAAAUCGAAAAAGGUGUUUUUUGUCUUGCGUGAGACGAGGAGAAAAUUCUGAGUCCCCAUGAGGAAUCGAACCUCAGGCAUUCGGAUGCCGCGCUCCGAUGCUCUAUCACUGAGCCACAGAGACUCCGCAGUGAGCGAGAUCUAUUACGAAGUUGAUAUAACACGCGUCCUGCAUACUGCUAUAUGAAAUUGGUAAUAGACCUCGCUCACCGUGGAGUUUCUGUGACUCAGUAGUGGGGCAUCGGAGCGCGGAAUCUGAAGGUCUGAGUUUCGAUUCCUCAUUGGGACGCAGAAUUUUUCCUUUGUCCCACGCUCGUGACAAGACGAAAAACAUCUUUCUCUAUCAUCUUUCUCACAUCAACUAUAUUCACUAUUUCGUUACCAAGGCGAAGAUACGGAAGAGGAUAGAGAGAGGGCAUCUUUAAAGUUCGGAAGGAAGACUUGAGUGACAAUCAAGGGCGUAAAUACUGAAGAAGAUGAACAGCCAAAUGUCGUCACCUAAUCCCAGACGAGGCCGUCAUGUUAUUAAUAAUGGUAUGAAGGACAUAUACCGCGACAUUAUAAAACGUUUUGUCGAUACCUUCGGUACAACUUAUCUCGAUAGCAAUAAUUAUUUAAACCUUGUACAGCUGAUUAUCAUAAAUGAGGUUAGAAUGGGUGGUCUGCCUGCAGACUGCGUGCUUCGGACCGCACCUAUGCCUCAUGAAACAAGGAGAAAAAUUAAGCAAAGCACUUUGUACACCCCAGAGGGAGAGACCUAUACGAAUUAUAGAAACGCUGAAUUUUAUUCAAAGUCACUAUAUUGAUGCGUGAUAUUUGCCUCUCACUCAGAGAGGAAAACAAAAUGCCUGAGGAUCUUGAUGAUGAAAUGGGUGGGCUCCGUCAUUUCAUUACUGACGACUUUAACAGUGAUGUGUUUGUUGAUGAGCAAGCUAAAGCUUGGUGGGAAAGAGAAAGAGGUCCAGGUGACGCCUAUAGGCUCGAAAACUUGAUACAGCAAGUGAAUGAAAUGUUGAUGAAAAUAGCUGUCGAGGGCACGAUACAGCUUGUUAUAAAUUGGGGACAGUGGGCUUUUCGUGUGUCAGAGGGGUUCAGAUACAAUCAUUUGCAAUGAACUGUAAAAUACCAAAUUAAUAAAUUCUUCUCCAUCCAUACUCCGAAUGAAAACACUGAAGGAAUCAAUUGAAAAUUACUGAUUGGCUUGAAGAAAUCCAUUGUAUAUCAAUGGUUUGCUGGAUGGAAUCAAUUGUAAAUUGUUGGUUGACUCGAAGGAAUCAAUUGUAAAUAGGUGGUUUUCUUGAAGGAAUAAUUUGAAGCUAAAUGGUUUACUUGAUGGAAUAAAUUUUUUUUUUAUUUUUGAAUUAAUGGUUGGUUUGAUAGCUGCUUGCGGCGUACCAAACCUUUAGCGUGAAUAGUUUUAUUCUUGUUUCCUUUUAAUUAAUGCCUUGCUGUUACGUUUCACUAGCUAGAAAAGGCGAUACUGUUUUAGAAAAAAGGAGGAGGGGAGGCUAACUGCCCCUUUUUUUAACUCACCCCACUCUUUAACCCCCGCCAAAAAAAACAAAACAAAACACAAAACAAAACAAAAGAAAACAAAACGAAACGAAACGAAACGAAACGAAACGAAACGAAACGAAACAAAACAAAACAAAACAAAACGAAACAAAAACAAAACAAAGCAAAACAUAAAGAAAAACAAAUUAAGUCAUGAUGACGGUCAUAAAUAGGACAAUGUAACAGAAGGGCUUCUUCAGCUUUCUUCCUGCUUAAUGUUCCAACUCAUUAAAAACGUUUUACAGUGGUGUGCCGAUAUCUAAGGUGCACAGCAUUAUAGCUGUCAAUAGAGAAUAUGAAGGGAAAAAUAAUGAUCAAUGACACGUAAGCGAAUGAAGAACUAGGUUACUUAAUAUAUUCUGAAUAACCCGGAUCAGAUUGUUAAAACAGGUAACAGAGAUUACUUAUAGGACUGCAGCUUUCGCAAUUAGUGCAGUUAUGUGACCUUUUUGGCCUUAAAUUUGGAAGCUUUAUCGCAGAAGAAAUGUUAUCUAUUUCGCCAAUACGAUCUCUUGAGCCGGUCAGUUUAGGUGUCAGAUGACUGUAAGCGACGAUCUCUUUCCAUAAAAAAUUAGAAAUAACUUUAAUAAAUGAAAAAAGCUCCUUGCGAGUCCAUGGAAAACCCGGUUGCUUGAUAUCCUAAAAAGGCGCCAGUGAUUUUCGAUAUUUAUGUACCUUAUAUUUAUGUAUCUUAGUUUAAUGUUUGAUAAACGUUUACGUUUGUUGAUAAACAAACAACAAAUAUCACAAGUACUUAGAAGUGUAUGCGGUUGGGUCAAGUUAGUGUAAGCAUGACAAUGGAAAAGGAUGGACGAUUUCCACCAAUGUCCUUCGUAGUUGAUGAUUCUUCGAAGAAAUCCAUUCAAAGUAAGGGUGGCUCUAAGCUUUGUCUUGAUCGGAAAUCGUACUUUUGCUGAACAAUUUCAUCACACGUUUCUAUCGAUCAAGUGGGUCACGGAUCACACUAGUUUUUACUUUUAAAACCUCUCACUAACUGGGUUGUGGUUGUAGUAUUUUCCUGUCAAGUUCGAUAGCUACUGUUCUGAUGGAUGUUUCUCUUGCAAACUUCCUCCUCAUACGCCCUUGCUCCUGCUCUUUUGAAACUAAUUAUGAUUACGUGGCAGAGCACGUUUAGUCAAACUAUGACACUGCAGUAAAAUUACUGAAAAGAAAGGGGAAAAAAAAGAACCAAUGUCAUGAACUCUAGGCUACUAGAAAAUUUCUCAUUUUUUGCGACAAACCCAUCUUAAAAUCUUGUUUCCUCAGGCUCAAUCCUUUCGAAGUGCCCUCAAUUUUUAACCAAUGGCGUCUGCAUCGAGGGACGAGCAGGAUGAAAGCAUUGAGACGAUGUUUGGCCAAAAAAUCCCGUUAAGUCCAGAUGUAAAAUAUGUCAUAGACAAAGGGAUUGAGGAGUCAAGAUUGAUGGACCCCGAGAAAAGGGCACAAGUGAUUGAAAGUGCAGGAUAUUUAUGUUACGACAUAAUGAUUGUCGAGAGCCUACGAGAUCAUGAAGAUGCGAAGGUAGCCAAGGGAGCGAAACAGGCUGCUGAAAAUUGCAUAAAAACGUUUAAAGGAGAUGAAACAUUCACCUGUUGAAAAAAAUCUUAUAUGUACCACUGUCGCAAGAAGAAGCCAUAGAACAUAUAGGAUAUGCAAAAUUGUUCGAAGAAACAAAGGAGGCCGCCGAAGAUUACAAAGAGAUGAAGUUUGAUGAGGAAAACCAUCAGCUACCAAAGAACCCUUGGAAAUUCUGCCAAAAGAAACUUCCAAGCAGAUGGCUUUGCGAAUCUAACACGUCAUUCAAGGAACAGAGUCAUAGAAACGAGAAAAGAAAGUGAUAUUAGAAAAAGAGGACCAGAAGAAAAUGAGGAGAGAGAAGACCAAAUAUAUGUUUUUAAACGAAGGUGUUCUAUCUAUUAUUAGUAUAAUUAUUCCGGUAUAUACACAGAUGUGUGCGCUCUGAUUGGUUGAAGAUCGCUUCAUAUCGCUUCACCUCGCGCGAGGUGAUCGUGACUGUGAUUAUUAUUGAUGAUACUAAAUAACCCUGUUACUUAUGAAUAAAAUUGAGUUUUUUUUCUAGAAAAAUGCGAGUUCAGUAAUCGUCUCGAGCGCUAGAACGAGUGAUAUCCUCGACAAGAGAAAAGAUUUUACUUCGAAAAGAAAAAGGCAAAGACUGUUCUGGGAGCUUAUGGAAGUCCUUGAAUAGUUUGUGACGAGUUUUUAAGCGGGAAAAUCGUAUAAAGAACAAUGCAAAAUCAAUAAGUAUUCUGAUCAAAUUGGGAAAAAGAAAGAAACGACAUUCAUAGACUAAUCAAAGGGUUUCUUAGAAACAAGUUUUUAUUUCCAUGAAAAAGGAAAAGUUAAGUGCAAAUUAAGGUAGAGUUUAAAGUCCUCCAAGCCGUUAACAUUGGUUUGUCGUUACUUUAAGAUAUUUGCUUUUUUAUACCGUCUUAAUGUAUAGCGUCACUUACUAGUUGAAGAAACACGUGUUCUUUGUCUCCCAGUUAAGAUUUUAUAUCAUGAAAUGUGCACGUGCGCUCUUUUUGAUUGAUUUUUGAGUUUAGAUGCGAGUAUGUAAACACUGCUGUGAAGUCACGCAUUUUACGAGAAACAUCUCAAAGUUUUCGCGCAAAGAAAAGUCAAAGAAAUAUGUUAAGGCAAAAGAACUUUAAGGCUUUGCUUGCUUCAAUGAUCAUAAUCUGGACGACUUCGCUGAGGGAGUUUUAGGUAAUUUUGGAGAAUUCCUCCAACCCAAGAGUUUAGGUGACGUUAUGCAAACAUGAAAAGAUUCCCUUGUUGCUUGAGAAUGCGAGCUGACUGAUUGAACAAAAUGUACUCAGUGGAUGAUAUUCCUUGACCUUGUUAAAACUUCCUGCUUUUCUACAUUUCACUCUUAGCGCCAACGAGAAAAUAGGAAAAGACGCCAAUCUCAGAAUUUUAAUGAUGUCGUACGUAUCUUGCAGAGUCAAUACCUAUAUCAAAGCUUUUUGGGAAAAGAAUUAAUUUCACGUUAGUGAAUUUCACAAGCAUGGAAUUGAACAAUGACAUAAUUUUUCGAAUCAUCCCUGUAUCUUUUUUUCGCUUCAGUGAAUUAAUUCUUUGCGUGCAUAGCUAUUUGUGAUCUUCUUUUGACCGUAGCCUCAUUAACAAUUUAUCUCUCAGCUCAGUGAAGAAUUUUCCGUAAACACAACCAACUCUUUAUAAAACAUUGAUGGCCUCAAAAUUCUUGAAAAAAGAAAUUUUCUUCGAAAAGAUGAUUGCAUCAUAAGUCCCGCUGUGCUAUUUUGCAUUUUGCGCGUUACCGUCGAAACACUCCGUCGCAUUUCAAUUCCUUCAGGACCUCCAGCGAUGCAAUUUCUUUUCGCUGGGACUCGAUGGACACCAACCUAGAUUUGAAGAAUCAUCAUGCAGUCUCAGCAAAAUAGCGCGAAUUCUGGUUAGCAAAGAAUUUGCUUUGUACCCCAAAGGCAAUUUUUCAUAGGAGCAAUUGAGCUAUUUUUAAUUUCAUGGUCCUUUCAUGAUUCUCAUUGGAAUCGUUCCUCGCCGUUGUAAUAAAAAAGUCCUGAUCUGAGAAACUGGCUGCUGUGUUCCAAGGAGACGACUUUAUCCGUUAGCUCGUUACCAUGGGAAAGAUACGGAAGAGAGAGUGCUUUAAAGUUCGGCAAGAAGACUUUGAAUAAUAAUCAAGGGCGUAGAUACUAAGGAAGACAAACAAGCACAUGUCGUCACCAAAUCCCUUACGAGGCCAUAAUGUUAUUAACAAUGGUGUGAAGGACACUUACCGUAAUAUUAUAAAACGGUUUUUCGAUACCGUCAUUAAAGCGUAUCUCAAUAACAAUAAGUAUAAAUAAAGUUGAAAAGGGUGGUCUGCCUGCAGACUGCAUACUUUGGACCGCACCUUUGCCUAAUGAAACAAAGAGAAAAAUACGAGAAAGCGCUGUGUACAUCCCAGAGAAAGAGAUUUAUAGGAAUCAUAGAAAAGCUGAAAGAUUCGGUCGGGCUGAAAAAAAUUUUAAACUAGGUGGAAUAUCCAACUGUUGAAAAAAACUUUACCUGUACCACUGUCGCAAAAAAAAAUCCUUUGAUCAAGAGGCUAUUGGAAAUGCACAAUUGGUCAAGAAAGCGAAGGAGGCCGCUAAAACUUACAAAGAGAAGAAGUUUUACGAGGGAAAAUCAUCAGCUACCGAACAACCCUUAGAAAUGCUGAUAAGAGAAACUUCUAAGCAGAAGGCUUGUGAAUCUAACACGUCAUUCAAAGAGGGCAGAUUAGUGAAAAUCAGAAUAUAAAGUGAGACAUGAAAAAGAGGACACAGUGAAAAUGAGGAGGGAGAAGGCUCAAGAUAUGUUACUAACCCUUUCACUCCCGAGAUCUCAUUAGUAAUUCUCCUAGUAUCUGCCACACGAUUCUUAUGAUGUUAGUUUGGAGAAUUUGGUAUUGGAUCAGCUUGUAGUCCCCUAAUUGAGUUUUCUUUUUUAUUCUCCUCAUUUGUCUGCUUGAUAUUGCAUUGACACUGUGAGAAGAAAUUUUCUCUUGGUCACUCAUGGGCGUUAAAGAGUUAAACGAGAAUGUUCUAUCUAUUAUUAGUAUAAUUGUUCUGGUGAAUAUACAGACGCUCUGAUUUGUCGAAGAUUGCUUCAUAUCUCGCCAUAAUCACCUCGCACGAGGUGAUUAUGACUAGGUGAUCAUGACAGAAGCGCUAAAUUUUUAUAUUUUAAAAUAGCUGCCUCUUAUUUAGUCAGUGUUGAUGAGGAACUGAUGAUCGUGAUAAACAAAAUGUAUUUCCGAAGAGCACAAAAGAUGCUAAUAAGUUUGGAGAUCCCACCAUUCAAUAGAAAGAUAUGAAGUAUUUGCUGAUUGAACUAAAAUAAACCUCUCAAUUCUCGUUUAAACCGCUUCUUUAUACGAUUAAUCAAAAUACUGAAUUGAAACAGAAUGCUUUUAGCAUCAAACGGAUAUUUAUAACACAAUCAGAAAGCACCUAGGCAAUUAUAUCCAAAAAAUAAUUCACCUGCCUGCGAAUAAUUGUUAAAAAGCGACAUCCUAGAAAGGUGAGUCGAAAACCUAAAGGAAUAAAUUCGCUUUGGAAAGGAUUUUGAGAUUUCUGAAGAAGAAUAUCAAUAAGUUGCAGCUAAUUAGCUUUCUCCCUACGAUAUUUAGUCCUCCAGGAUUUCUUUUUUCAUUUCAAACGCAUCAUUUUCACAAUUUAAACGAUCACAUCGAAGAUUCGACGGAACUACCCCAAAGGGCGAGAAAAGCUUUUUCGACUCUCACAAGGAUUUUGGAAAAGGCAAGAGAUCGAUCCAAAUCAAGCUUCACGCUACUGUCUUAGAGAUACCUCGACUUACAGAAAAACUGAAAAGAAGCAUUAAUACUAUUUAUACUAAUAUUAAUGCGAUAUUAAUACGAUGGUGUAAACGUUAAUUUUCGUAACGAGCUUUCCCAGUUCAUCAGAGUUCUCGCGUAUAAAUAAAGUUUAUCAUAUGAACUACGGUGUUAUACAAGGAUUUCCAGCCCUGAGAAAAGCCGGAACAACAUACGUGAAAAAAUAUCGUUUUUAUUUCCCCUGUGUUUGAUAUCGUCAAUCAGCUGCUGACACAUCACUCACCUUUCGCAUCUCUCGGUCAAGUUGAUGAACGAACGGCGAAGCCUUCACCAUCCUCAAUCCAAGGAGGUUUAUCGGAAUUUCUUCAGAUUAUGGCUUCUAAAACACUUCAAAAAUCCGCACCGCUUACAGACAGUGACAUUCAAACUUUCCUAGAGAGGGAAGAUAACAAAAGAUGGAAAGAUAAACCGAAAGUUAUGUAUGCAGUGGCUUUGGUAAUGGCCUUUCUCGCGGCUGAGAACGAAAAUCGACAGCUGGACGAUUUGCCACAUGUCGAUUUUGGCCGUGUACCCGAAAGAUUUCUCCUGUUGGUAAGGACGAAGUCAACAACUGAGAAUUUUUUAUAUAUUUAAAAUUACGCCUAUUUGUUUUUGCAGUGUUUCAACGCAUUUUUUCAUCUUGAGUCCUAGCUCCAACGAGCUUUACGAUUUUUAUACGGGGAUUGUCGACCUUUUGUUUUAAUUCACUAAUAAAGUUGAGUUGUCGUGUCGGUAAAGGGGUAUUGUGAUUGUGUGUAUAAAAUAAUAAAAAAAAAUAUCCCACAUGGAUGCUUGCAUGGAUGCCCAUGUUCAGCUCGACAAAUCACUCGUUCGCUGCACUUACUCGUGAGCUUUCGAGUUCAACACUCGAAGAGAAAUUCAAUACCUACACGCGCCCAUGUAUUAUUUUCUAUUGUUUAUUACUAUUAUUAUUAUCAUUAUUAUUAUUAUUAUUACAAAGGAGCAUGUUUUGUUUAUAGACUAUCAGGCUUACAAAUAAAUAUUACACUUCUAUCGCUGCGUGCAUAUGGUGAGGGAGAUGUUUAAAGCUAUACGCAUCUCGUUGAGAAUAGAAAUACUGGCCUUAAAAGGUUAAAAAGAGUUGAACUUGGGACUCCCCUGUCAAACUUCAAACUUUGAAUCUAUCGCAAAAUUGCCACAGACUUCGUGGAAAGCUAGAUAACUGUAGUGUCAUUGACCGUAAUAACAAUAAUAAUGAUCAUAAUAAUAACGAUGAUAAUGACAAUAAUAAUAAUAAUAAUGAUAAUAACAAUAAUAAUAAUAAUGAUAAUAGUAAUAAUAAUAAUAAUAAUAAUAAUAAU